GUGAGUCUGGUCUCGGGAAAUCGACUCUCAUCAACUCCCUGUUCCUGACUGACCUCUACUCUAAGGACUACCCUGGCCCCUCCCACAGGAUUAAAAAGACUGUUCAAGUGGAACAGAGUAAAGUUUUGAUAAAGGAGGGAGGAGUCCAACUAACCCUAACCAUCGUGGACACACCAGGGUUUGGCGAUGCAGUCGACAACAGCAACUGCUGGCAGCCUGUCAUUAAUUACAUUGACAGCAAAUGCGAGGACUUCCUGAACGCUGAGUCGAGGGUCAACCGCAGGUCCAUGCCGGACAACAGAGUCCACUGCUGCCUAUAUUUUAUAGCGCCAUCUGGACACGGCCUAAAACCUCUUGAUAUAGAAUUUAUGAAAAGGCUCCAUGAUAAAGUCAAUGUCAUACCUCUCAUCGCAAAGGCUGACACACUGACGCCUGAGGAGUGCCAUCUUUUUAAAAAACAGAUUAUGAAAGAGAUUCAAGAGCACAAGAUUAAAAUAUACGAGUUUCCAGAUGUAGACGAGGAUGAGGACAAUAAGCUGGUCCGGAAGAUCAAGGAAAAAAUGCCGCUGGCAGUGGUUGGCAGCAAUGUCGUUAUUGAAGUGAACGGCAAGAAGGUCAGAGGUCGUCAGUACCCAUGGGGUGUGGCAGAAGAGGGCAUUUUUGUCGAGAAUGGGGAACACUGCGACUUCACUGUGCUGCGCAACAUGCUGAUCAGGACCCAUAUGCAGGAUCUGAAGGACGUCACCAACAACGUCCACUACGAGAACUACCGCAGUAAGAAACUUGCUGCUGUCACGUGUAACGGUGUGGACACCUCCAAGACCAAGGGACAGCUCACCAAGAGUCCCCUGGCUCAGAUGGAGGAGGAGCGCAGGGAGCAUGUGAUGAAAAUGAAGAAGAUGGAGGCAGAAAUGGAACAGGUGUUUGAGAUGAAGGUUAAGGAGAAGAAGCAGAAACUGAAGGACUCAGAGGCUGAGCUGGAGCGACGCCACGAACAGAUGAAGAGGAACCUGGAGGCGCAGUACAAAGAGCUGGAGGAGAAGAGGCGAGUGUUUGAGGAGGAGAAGGCCAACUGGGAGGCUCAGCAGAGAAUCCUCGAGCAGCAGAAGCUGGACGCAUCCAAGACGAUGGAGAAGAACAAGAAGAAAGGAAAGAUCUUCUGAAGAGAGACGCGACUGCUCGCUCCAAACUUGUUUCCUUUGAUCCUGUCUGAAGUUCACAUUGUAACGUGGUCCUCAGAACACACAACAGAACAUAACACAUGGCAUAACAACUCUCUGUGGAAGCCAUUUACACACACACACACACACACACACACACACACACACACACACACACACACACACACACACACACACACACACACACACAACAGCUCACACGCUCGUCUCUCUGCAGGGUUUUACUGUAUCUCUUAAAACCUGUCUGUUUCCAUGGGGAAUGCAUGUGUUUGUGAAAUUCUAUUUUCCUAUAUUUCCUGACAAGGAGAAGUUUGAGUUCCUCUGAGUUUUCAGUGCGGCGUUAACACAUGGCAGGGACCAUGCAUAGCCAUCGUUCACAAGUAGUAGUUGUAUGUUCGCUAAGUAUUCAUAGAUCUGCAGAUAUACCAACUCUUUCUUUUACUGUUCUAAAGAUUUAACAGGCGUGUGCACACUAAAGCUGUGAGGAGAAGAUAAAGUGUACGUGAGGGAAGGCAACUGAAUGAUUCUGGGUCUGAGGAGAGAGGUCAGGUGGAGCGGAGGCCCGGUCUCACCGCAAACUGCCAAAAACUAAACGGGUAACGCUAGCAUAGCGUUCAAGCUAACAUGCUUGACUGCCUGAAAACGUCCCGGCAGCAUUUUACUGAAAUACUGGCUCGUUCCCGUGUGCCGUUCAGUAAAGACAGUGUGAAGGUGAACUGUGAUUGUUAGGUACCUGUUAACAUUAGUAGCUGUUUGAAAUCAUCUCCCAUCACUAAAUACAUGUUUUAAAUAAUAUUUUAGUAAAAGUGCUUCUCAGACUUUUCUCAUUAGCAAAUUCAGCCCUGCAAUAAAAUUACUUUGUCCAAUUAAAAAAAAAUCUUAGAAUAAAAGUGUAGUUUUUUAGCUUUUAAGUAAAAAUAAAGCGAUGCAGAGUUGGUUUACAUUCCAGAGCUCGUUCACGUGUUAGCAAUUACAUGUUUUAAGUUAAAGAACUUUAUCUCGUCAGACACACAAAACAAGCAAAACACAUUUUUAACAUGAGCAAAUGCAUGUGAGUAAUGUAGAAAUUACAAAUUAAAACUAAUCUAUUAAAAUUUGCCUCCUGUACUUUGAAUGGCUUUAUUAGUAAAUACACUUUUCUCCUGUUCCAAAUGCAUCUUUUAAUACUUCUUGUUUUUUUUUAAGUCACCCAAAAAAAGUCAUUUUGAGGUCAUUUAGCAGUGUUAUUAUAUAUUCAGUGACCUACAAACAUAAAGGCCGCUCUCCUUUGUGACAGAAAACUUAAAUAUCUGUUAACAGCUUCCUAGCAAAAACUGCUCUCUAUUUUGGACUCUGUACCUUCAAAAUUUUAGUGUCCAGGUACAAAUACAGAGAUUUAUUUUGAAAGAUUUGCCAGAUUUGUGGCUGUCGGUGGACCGGGCCUUCAGAUUGGAUCGUGCUGUAAGAGUUUCUUUACUAAAUGUUUUGUCUGAGGACGUGCUCGGAUCUAAAGCUUGCAGUCUGGAGGGGAGGAAGUCAUGUGUGUCACAGCAGCCAAGAUAUCGUCAUUGCAGUGUGUGUUAACUAUUUUUGAAUAAACGACAAUAUGCAAAAAGCCUGAUCGGUGUCUGAAAACUUUACAGGUUACAGUGCUAAUAAAGAUGUUUUAUAUUGUAACGUGAGUGAUGGAUGUUGUCUUAGACCCGAAACCCUGAUGUUCACGAUUCUGUGACAUUUUUCCUUUUGGGUCCAACCACCAAAGGGACGACUCAUCAGAAAGCUGAAAUCUUCCUUUCACCUUCCUUUUACGAAGACGUUUGCCAAAAACAGCCAAAACUUUGUGUUUGGCUUUAUUUUAGAUUAUUAUAUAUGUAUAUGUUCCAAACAGCUUGUGCACGCAACAAAACGCCAGCCCUCUGUUAAACAGGUUAUAUAGAUGACAUGUUCAGGAGCUUUCCCAGAGUUGUCAUGUUUUAUUUUCAUAUGACAAUUAUAUUAAUACUCUAUAUACAGUUGAAGAAAGACUCUUUAAUUCCCUUGUAGUUUUCUUAAAUGUUUUAGUGUGACCGGGCGUGGUCCGCUGUGCCAUGCAGGGAAGGUGGACACCUGCACAGCAUCCGCAGUCAUUCCCCGUCCACUUAAAAUCUGUACUGGUUCCUGUGAUUGGGGUUGUUGGUAUGUUGAUCUGGCAGCAGGAGAGCUGCAGCUGUGUCUUUGUAACAGCAACCAUGCGUUUGAGAAGUAAUAAAAUAAAGUAUGCUGCAAAGCAUGUUCAUGUCCUCGGUUCUGCCGUGGUCAUCUACAUUUAGAUUACCGUAUUUUUCGCACUAUAAGGCACACUUAAAAUCCUGUAAUUUUUAUCAAAAAUUGACAAUGCACCUUAUAAUCCGGUGAAUUCUGGUUGUGCUCACUGACCUCGAGCUAAUUUUAUGUGGUACACGGCGCUCAAAUAUCUGUCAAAAUAUGUUUUAGUAUGACUUUGGUAAGCUAGGAACCCGCACCUUUAAUGGCUUGUCAGAGCAUUACUGCUAUAGUCAGGAGCCUCGCGGAGUAUUCUGGGUCCUAAACUCCGUCCCCUUCAAGUCCCAAAGUCAAAGGAACACUGCGAGAUCACUGAGAGUUAAAACAGCCUAAAUUAUUUCAUCUUUAAUAAAUUAAUGAUCAGCGUUGUUGCUUUACCACGUGUAACAAUUAAGUUUAACAUCCAGGCAUCCAUGAAAACAAUUUAUCAAAUUUACCGGAGUUGGAUGUUAGCAGGAACCAUGUUCUGACUGAGAGAUUUCUGAGGAAAUUAAAACCUACAGCUCUGCUAUCACUCCCAACAUAAACAAAGAGAGAAAACUAAACAGCAGUGACGUUUGUAGGGUUACUGAAGUUGGACUAGCUGGUAUAUAAUGAUGUGCUACGUGAUUGCUAGUGACACAGCUAUGUUAGCGUAACAUAAACAGUGAAGCUGGAGGAUGAACGCUAACUUUUUUCCACUCGAUAAGUUAUCGUGAGGGUUCCCGAUGGUUAGGGAUAAAUGGCAUGGCAGGAUGCUGUAAACAGACCAAACUUCAGUCAGGAGAAGAAGCGCCUUAUAAUCCGGUGCGCCUUACCGUUCGUCGACAGUUCACCUUUUGGUCCGAAAAAUAUGGUAGUUUCUCCAACUGCAUUUAGAGCAAAAGGGACGAAGCUUAUACUUAAGCAUAUUUCAUAUUACCAUAUGGAUUUGUUUAUGAUGGUAAUGCUUAUAUAUUGUGUACAUACUGGAGGCUGCUCGGUGGCUCUUUUUUCCUCUUUGUUUGUAUUUGGUUAUUCUUUUUUAUAUAUAAAUAUAUGUCUGGAAUGAACCACAAUUUGUACUUAGAACAGAACUUGGAGCGUAAAACUCGCCCUAGAAACAUUUCCAUACAUCUAUAUGAUCGCAUAUAAACUGUUUGCAUCUUUGCCAAUGAGCGCGCCUUCUCAGGGCCCUUCUGUUUAAUUCUCUGGUCCUACAAGUUCAAGAAAGUGAUGGAAUUUUACUUUGAAAUGCUUGGGAACGACUCACCCAUCCAAUAACAACAUGUUAGAUACUUUUUUUUUUCUUAUGUUUUGUAAUAUUUUCUUUAUAUAUAUUUACAUAUACAAACAGUUUUCUGCUUCUCUUUGUUUCCUCAUGUGUUCUGUCUCUAACUGUACAUGGUUAAAAUUAAAGUUGAAAAAGUUAUGCUAGAACUCUAA